AUGAUUAAUAACAAGAAAGAUUUUAAAGCUGAAAAUAUUAAAGACUUAGAAGCUCAGAAGAUGAAUAUUGAUGAUUCAACAAAGAUCACAGAUGAUCUUGAAGGUAAUAAUUUACUUCAAUUUUCUUUUAUAGUAUUUUCUGAAACAAUGACAUCAUUUGUUUCAGAUUGUAACACGUUGUUAAUUAUUUUUUAA